UUCUUUGACUCUAGAGAAAAGUAGAUAACAGGUGGUACUUUUCAAAGCAGAGAAACGAACCUUGUCUAUAUAACGCUUCUUUGUUUGUUGCUUUUCAGAUUGCAACCAUGGGCCGCCGACCAGCCCGCUGCUACAGGUACUGCAAGAACAAACCCUACCCCAAGUCCCGCUUCUGUCGGGGUGUGCCUGAUCCCAAGAUCAGAAUCUUUGACUUGGGCAGAAAGAAGGCCAAGGUAGAUGAGUUCCCCCUGUGCGGUCACAUGGUCUCCGAUGAAUACGAGCAGCUGUCCUCAGAAGCUUUGGAGGCAGCCCGUAUCUGUGCUAACAAGUACAUGGUAAAGACCUGCGGUAAAGAUGGUUUCCACAUCCGCAUGCGUCUGCAUCCUUUCCACGUCAUCCGCAUUAACAAAAUGUUGUCCUGUGCCGGAGCUGACAGGCUCCAGACAGGAAUGCGUGGUGCUUUUGGUAAGCCACAGGGCACUGUGGCCCGUGUGCACAUUGGUCAGGUGAUCAUGUCUGUGCGUACCAAGGCCCAGAACAAGGAGCACGUGGUUGAAGCCCUGCGCAGAGCCAAGUUCAAGUUCCCUGGCCGCCAGAAGAUCCAUAUCUCCAAGAAGUAUGGCUUCACCAAGUUCAAUGCCAGCGACUUUGAUGAGUUGAUGGCUGAGAAGCGUGUCAUUCCCGAUGGCUGUGGGGUGAAGUACAUCCCCAGUAAAGGACCUCUGUCCCGCUGGAAGGCCCUCCAUGCUGUAUAGAGCAUCUGUAGCCUCUCAUUGACUACAACCAAUAAAAGUGGCUUUCAUUA